AUGGGUCAAAUUACCGAGGAAGAGAGAGAAGCACGUCGCCGCAGAAAGAUCAUGCGGACGAAGCACAACACAGGGUGUACUGACGAACAGCGUGCUCGGUCCCUCGACCAUGCGUUGGACCAGAUGCCAGAAUUCCAACCUCCCUCUACCCAAAGAGCCGUUGUGCGGCCUGCGAACACGGCACCGGCUGUUCGUAUAGAAGAUAGGCCAUCCUCUCUGGUCAAGGUCACACCUCCUGCCGAAGUUGUCCGCCAACUCAACGGACCUCCUCGAAAACGGCGCUUCAUCCGAGCGAAGUGUGCCGGCAACGAUGCAGGACCCAGGUCUCUUGCACAGUAUGGUCUCGACGGUUCAAAGAAAAGGCCCCGUCCGCGGGCUUCUACCGACCCAGAUGAAGCCGAAACCGGUGGCAGUAGAAGCACGCCUUGGCAGGAUCUCUUAGAAGGAGACCAUGAAGAUAGCGAGAAACGGCUAAGGACUUGCAAGAAUGUGGAAUUCGCUACUAGCUCCGCCACUCACGCCGACAGACCUCCGGAUCCCGGCGAACCCGUUGCUAGCAAUGCUCAGGGCUCCCCUGCCACAGAGGAAGACCCAGAGCUAGAAGCUCUGACGAGAGAGCUAGAGGCUGAACUCGAGAAGCAGCUCGAAUCCGAUAUCGAGUCUGCAAGCGACGUUGACACAGCCUCAGACGCUGUGUGA